GUGUGUGUGUGUGUGUGUGUGUGUGUGUGUGUGUGUGUGUGUGUGUGUGUGUGUGUGUGUGUGUUUUUGCUGUUUGCAUCUCCCUUUCCAGACAAAAUGCUAAGAGCACACCGACCAAAAACACUGUCAUCUUUAACGGGGAGAGGGAAUGGACAGCAUGAAGCUAUUAUUUAUCCGUUUUUGAGAGAGCUGCUGAAAUGAGGCCUGCCGUCACCGUUUUGGAAUGAAAUGUAAAUUCAGGGCAGUAAGCUGCACCACCCAGCCCUUCUUAUUUAGACCUGCCUUUCGUUUCCCCCUUUCCUAAUCCAUUUAGAUUUCUUUAAUUUAUCUGAACGUAGAAAUGAGGUUCAAUUUUAAACAAAACAUUCCAAAUCACUCUUGCCAGUUAAAAAUGAAUUUGAGUGUGAAUAUGUGUGUGUGUGUUUGUGUGUGAGUAUUUUAUCAUGUGACUGGGGGUGCUUUGCUGUGGGGAAGCGUCGACUCUCCUUUUGGAAGACGUUCAUGUCGAUUAAUGUUGGUGAAUGUAUCGUGUGGAAAAAGAAACGGCACGCAGCCCUGCCCUGACAGUCCAGAGGAAGGCUUGAGCAGCUUCCUUCGGACCAGCCGGGUGGCGCUCAAGUGUCCGUCUGUGUCAGCUGACCGGCCGUCCAGCACCAAGUCCCUCCCUCUCUUCCUCUUCAUGAAGCUCUGCCUUUAAACCCCAGCCAGUGGGGGCAGGCGGAGUGGAUGUCUGCCUGUGGAUGGAGGUGGGACUUGCAGCGCUGGAGGUCUGAGGCUGUCUGUGUUUGGAGAUUUCCUGCUUUUCACAAUCAAUAAAACCAUCAUCAACUCAGACUCAGGCACCGUUUGGCUGUUAUAAACAAAUGGACAUGUGAGGAAUGGCGUUGGAGGUAUUUUGAAUUUAUAAGCUUUGGGCAGCGUGUGGACACCAUGCCGUAUCUGGGCGGUGAGGACACGGUGAGGGAGCUGAGGAGAGCUCUGUCCAACCCCAACGUCCAGUCCGACCAGCUGCGGUACAGGAACACCAUCCUCAAAGUCAUCAGGUCGAUGUCUCAGGGCGUGGAUGUGUCAGGCCUGUUCAGUGAGAUGGUCAAAGCGUGUGCCACAGUGGACAUCGUCCAGAAGAAACUGGUCUAUGUCUUUCUGUGUUCCUAUGCCACCUUAAACCCCGAGCUGUCUCUGUUGGUCAUCAACACCCUGAGGAAAGACUGUCAGGAUCCAAACCCCAUGGUGCGCAGCCUGGCCCUGAGGAACAUGACCAACCUCAGGUUACCCAGUCUGGUGGAGUACGUAGAGCAGCCGCUGACAGCAGGACUGAGGGACAGAGCAGCCUGUGUGCGAAGAGUGGCUGUUCUCGGCUGGGCCAAACUGCACAAUCUCCAACCAAACUCUGAGAUCGAUGCUGCAGUGGUGAAUGAGCUGUACAGCCUGCUGAGGGACCCAGACCCCGUGGUGAUGGUGAACUGCCUCCGAGCUCUGGAGGAGAUCCUGAAGGAGGAGGGAGGAGUUGCUAUUAAUAAACCCAUCACCCAUCACCUCCUCAACAGGCUGAAGGAGUGUGAUGUUUGGGGUCAGUGUGAGGUGCUGAGGAUCCUCCAGCGCUACCGGCCUCAGUCAGAAGAUGAGCUGUUUGACAUCCUGUCCCUGCUGGACGCCUCCCUGGUCAGCCCACACCCCCCAGUCAUGGCGGCCACCCUCAGCCUCUUCCUCAGCCUCUGCUCCAGCCUGCCUGCUGUCAGUCUGGCGGCCCUGGAGCGAGUGCGUGGACCCCUGCUGGCUGCCUGCGGGAGCGUGUCCAGAGAGAUGAGGUUCACCGCGCUCUGCCACAUACAGCUGCUGUUGCGUUCUCUGCCUGGCCUGAUGGGGGCGCACUAUAAACGUUUCUUCUGUGGCUAUGCUGAGCCCGCUUACAUCAAGCAGAGGAAGAUGCAGGUGCUGGUGGAGCUGGUGAAUGAUGAGAAUGUAGUGAUGCUACUGGACGAGCUGAAAGGAUACUGCACUGAUGUCAAUACUGACACUGCCCAGGCUGCAAUCUCGGCUAUUGGUCGUAUUGGACGGAGCUACAGCGACAGGUGUCUGGAGAUCCUUACAGGACUGCUCGGGCUCAAACAGGAGCACAUCACUUCUGCGGUGGUGCAGACGAUGCGUGACCUGGUCUGGGUGUGUCCUCAGUGCAGCGACACUGUGUGUUUGGCUCUGGAAGGCUGCGAGGAGACGCUGCAGGAUAGUCAGGGAAGGCAGGCCUUGCUGUGGCUGCUGGCUGUUUAUGGGGAGCGAGUCUCCAGCGCCCCCUACACGUUGGAGGUGUUCAUUGAUGGCGUGAGGAGCGAGGCCUCUCUGGGAGUUAAGAUGGAGCUGCUGACAACCGCCAUGAGGCUGUUUCUGUGCCGGCCUGCAGAGACACAAGACAUGCUUGGAAGACUGCUGCACUACUGCAUAGAGGAGGAGACAGACAUGUGUGUGCGUGACCAGGCGCUCCUCUACUACCGCCUGCUGCAGUGUGGGAUCGAAGAGACACGAAAGGUCCUCCAGGGUCGGAGGUCAGACCCUUCCCUGGGUGUUCUGAUUGGCCGCCCCGCUGAGCCCAUCAGCCAAUGGGCAAGCAGCUUUAACACUCUGGAGCCUCUGAGGCAGGGUACUACAGAGACAGAGUCAGCCAGCAGAGGAAGUCCGGAACAUGUGGCCUUUAACCCCAAGCCCAACACUGAUCUCUCAGACAAACUCAACUGUGGCCACACUGAGAGAGUCCAUUCAGGUUCAGACAGUGCCAGUGGCUGUACAGACUCGUCGGCUGAUGUCCUGGCUUCCAGCGCUGCAGUCCCUCUCAGUUUGUCCCUCUCCCCGGCUCUCAGCCCAGAGGAGUUUGAGCGUCUGUGGCUGCAGCGACAGGCUCUGCAUGCAGAGCGAGGUGCUGAGAAAGAGGAAGAGGAGGAGUACGUGUGCUUGGAAGAAUGCAUCCGCUGCCCUGCGAUAACUCACUGCUCACCACAAAGCCUUCAGGCUGCGAUGCAACUGGUCAAUAUCCAGACACUGGCCUUCACACCACCACACACACUCCCCUGGAGGGUCUACCUGUACACACACACCCAGCAUACACAUUCUGAUGACACACCCUACAGCACGCUCAUAAUCGGGGAGCUGCUGUACAUCGGAGAGGCACAUCAGAGGGGAGUAUUAAAGAAAGGCACCGAUGACGGAGACGCGGUGGAGGGCAGGGAAGAGGAGCCGGUGACAGAAGGAGAAGAAGCCACUGCUGAUGGGCUGAGCAGCAGGGAGUCAGCCAGAAAAGAUGGAGAAGAGGAGGGCAUAAAAGUGACUCUGAAGCAGCAACCAAGAGAUGACAAAGUUUUAAAGGGGUUUCUCUCCAUCCUGACCACUGUACUGCACACACUGUCCUCUGAGACAAAUUAAAUAUGCAUUGCGUACACACUCAUACUCAUAUCGUUCUCCUAAAAGCGACGCUGACCACACUCAUUUCCUAUCAUAACUGUAAAAUUGCCCUUAAGCCUGUUGUUCUCAUCCUUUUUUGUUUCAACGACCUCUAAAUUGAUACACAUUAGGUUAAAGAACCUCAUCUGAUAAAAGUUUGCUUCAGGGAGCUCCAUUUAUAAAGAUGUUGGUUGGAUAUGAUUAAGACUACAAUUUUAUAAUUGUCAACUAAAAUUGAGGACAUAUACAUAAAAGAAGUGAAACCAAUUAUGAGAAGUUGUUUCUUAGGGCCGCUUCAUUGAUUGUGUAUCCAUGAGGAUCUGCUUUGGUUGGAGUGAUUGCAGAGUUUUUGACUGGACUGAAGUUUGGAGCAAUAGAUUGGAGCAAUAGCAGUUGGCACGUUUGUUAUGUGUUCUGUGUAAGUGGCCCAAAAAAAUUGACGUAUGCAGACAUGGACUAGGGAUCCAUGUGCACCCACACAGGAUGACAACAAUCAAGCCAACAGUAGCCACCUCAACACGAUGAAGUUAGUUUCAAGUUGGCUAUUUGCUAGACAUUCACUGCAGAAACAGUGAUGUCAUCUUACACCCGGCCUCACUGCAUGCGUAAGCAGUGCCUGACGACAACCACGGUGAAGUGGUGCAGCCUUAUCGCUUGAUUUGUUCACACUGACGGCAUUGUUGCAUUGUUGCAUUGUUGCAUUGUUGCCAUUGCUGCGGGGCUGCUGCAGAGCUGCCUGCUGCUGUAACUGCAGUAUUUCUGCGCUUAAAAGGUAAUACUGCACUCAUUAAUGAAGCCGUGCAAAUUACUGCAUUGCCGACAGCAUGGUCCUGCAAAUAUUUCACUAUAAAAAAAAACAUUCUGUCGACAAAAAAGUUGUCAGAGGGCUUUUAUUUUGAAACAGAAAAAGGAAAGGUUGAGUGAAAUGGAUAUAUUUGUAUCUCUUCAUGUCUGUGACAAAUAUAUAUUGAAACUGUAGUAAAAGGUGGUAUAGAGUCAGUAUAAUGAACAAAGACCAUUUCAGUCUAUUUUUGCUAUUACCCAUUUUUUCUGCAGGCAACCUGGAUCUCCCUUAAGGACCCCUGCGGGUACCUGGACCUCUGCUUGAGAACCACUGCCCUAAGCAACAACAAAAGAAAAGCCCUCACUUUGCAAAGUCUUCUUCAUCUGAAUUGUGAGGCUAAAACUGGACUUCAGGAAGCACUAGACCGAAGGUGUGUGUUCUUCACUUUUCACCACACACAUGUUAAGUUCUAUCAGCUGAAAUGUGAUUGAAGACUUUAACGAGUGAUUUAACAAGAACACAUUCAGAAAACUUACGUGCCAUACAUCAGUACAAUGUGCUGUCCUUUUUCACAGUCAGACAUAGAUUUUAAAAUAUUUGGAGUUUGGUAAAAGUUUGGCCCAAUGGAGGUUGAGCUGGUGAACCAAAAUCAACUUCUCCUUUUUCUUCUUCUUUUUUUUCUUUUGGGACUGAAAUAAAACAAUAUGUACAGAUGCGAACACACCCUGAUGGCACUUGAACAGCUUGUGCAUUCACAGGAUGCAGAGGCAGAAAUGAGAGUGACUGAAACGGAAGUUAUUGGUUUAUUGAGUGUGUGUGUGCACCAGUGAGCACUCCCAUGUGUCCCGCCGUACCCGUGAAUGUAGAUUAUAUUACACUGAAUACAGAGGACAUCAGAGGCUAUCAUCAUGAUAAUAGCAAGUUGAAGGUAAACACAAACGUACGAACCGACUAAAAAAAAAUUAAACAUACA